AUGUAAGAUUAAGAAAUUCUGAAAAAUGAAAACAAACCUUUCAUCCCUCAAUAACCAAAACAAAUUAAUCGGACUGUUCUUCAAUCAUUACUCCAUGAGUAUCAUAUUCUCAUUAAAGGACUAAGAAACUAGUAAAAUUAAUACUAUCUUCUAGAGAAUAUCAAGAUUAUUGCAAUGUUAAAGGAGCUUGUGGAUAAACUAUUCCACUUAUCCUCAUUCUACCAAUCAGCCUUGCUAUAGGUACGUUUUAACUGAUGUUGCUAUUUUUUUAAAAUAUUCAAGACGGUAUAUUUUGAUACUAUGUUGUUAAAAAGGGCCUGUAUUACCUGCCUUGAUUUAAUUUCUUUUAUUAUAAAUUGCACAAACUUUGAUAAUGUAUAUGAUUCUUAAAGCCUGUGAAGUUAUUCCUAAAAAAAUUGAAAAUCCUUUAUUAUUUGGCAAGAUAACAUCUUACAUUUUCACCUGUUUAAGCAUUGCUGAGGGAACAUUACUAAUUGUAUUCAUAUCUGUUUAAUAUUAAAAAGGAAAGAAUAACAAAUUUCAACUAAUUUUCAUAAUCUUAUUUUUGGGCUAUUUUUGGAUUAAUAAUUUGGUAAAAGGUAAUUAUUCAUAUUAAUAAGAUAAUACAAUUAUUUAUUUAUGAUUAUAAACUUAGAAUAGGCUUAAUAAUAUUUUUGUAUAUCUAUUAUGUAUUUAGAGUUGAUAGUGAUCUAUUUAUUAAAGUAAUUGAAUUAGCUAUUUUUAGGAUAUAAUAAAAGUAAUUGCUUACAUAUUAUUGGAAAUUAUUUUCAUCAUCGAUUCUGAAUUAAAGAAUUACUCUCAAUAUUAAUUCGAAAAUAAUAUGUAAUUUAGAAAUAACAAAGAAGAAGUUCAAUUCAUGAUUCCACAAGUUCACAUGCUGACACAACAAUAGAUUUUAGAAAUAAUUACCAAUCAAUUUCCCAUCAUUAUAUUCGAUUAGACGAAAGAAUUAAUACAUAUCUCAGGAGUAGGAUUAAAAUAAUUGCAAUUGGAAGAAGAUUAAAACAUAGAUUUGAUAUCAGCAGAGGUUAAAAUAAGAAAGAUGGAAGUCUUAAAAUUAUUCUCAGCAAAUUAAUCUAUCAAAGACAAUUUAGUACAAUUAAAAAGAUUGGCUAAAUUUGGAUCUACUUGUGGAACUAAUGAAAAAGGAGAGCUAUUGCAUUCUCUUCUCAAUGGACCAGCUCUUUAGUAGUUACGUAUAUUGAGGUAGCCACAAGAAAAUCAAAGAAUUAUUCAUUACAAUCCAGAUGGCGUUUUAGAGCAAUUACUUAAUAAUUUAAUAAAUGAAUAGCAGACUGAAUACAAAGGAAUCUCUAAAUUUAAUCUACCGAAAAAUCAAUUCAAAUACUUUUAAUUUACUUUAAUUAAAGUACCAAAAGGAGAUAGUUUUUAAAUAUUCUUAAUUUUAGAGGAUAUUACUUAAUUAUAUCAAGAUAUCAAUUUGAACUAGAAAAAUGAAGAAGAUGACCUUCCAAUUAUGUGUUAAGAAUUCAGAUAAAUGUUGUUCUGUUAAUAAUAAUUUUAAAUUCCUCUCAAAAUGCUCAACAUAGAAAUCAAAAAUACACUUAGGUAUUCCAAAACUUAAUAUUUACAAGAAGAAUUGUUUAAUGCCGAUUAUUUAAUUAAAUAAUUACAAGAAAAGUAUCAGAACCAAAUUAACCCUAAUAUUAAAUUAUAAUUCUUAAAUAACCUAAAAUAACAUACUGGGGAAUUUAAAACUGAUCAGUUGAGAUUAACAUAAAUUAUGUAGGUUUUGCUGGAUAAUAGCUUUAAUAACACUAAAGAAGGAUUUAUAAAAAUAAUUAUUGAAGAUGAUUUAAGAUAGAAUUGUAUAUAAAUAAUAGUUGAAGAUACUGGUAUAGGAAUUAAUUAGGAUAUCUUUUAAGAAGAAUUUAAUGUAAAUUCAAUCCGAUCAUUGCAAAUAGUUAAUUACAUAACUAAGAUUUUAGGUCCUGUAUUUUAAUGCAAGAAAAUAACAGGCUUGCUUGCUAAUAAAGGAUUGAGAAUUAAAUCCUUAUUGGACUGUGGUACAAAAAUAUCUUUUUCAAUCAGAAAUCUAGCAUUAGAUGAGUUUAGUACUUAAUUCAUAAUAGAUGAAGAAAUAGCUCAAGAUGAAAUGGAUGUUGAUGUCGAAGAGAAUGAAAUCAUGGAGAGGUACAUCAGAUAUGAUGAUCAAAUAUAACAUUUAUAAAGAUUUAAUAAGGGAUUGAGAUCAUUAAUUAUUAAUAGAUAGUAAACUCAAAAGAUUGCUAAGCCAAUAGAUAUCAACACUAACAAAAAAUAAACUAAAUUAGUUGGCAUGAUGAAACUAUAAGAAUUGGGUAGAUUCAAGAAUAGUUAAAAAUAGAAUGAAUCUUGUCAAUGCAGUUACAAAUUAAUUAUCAAUUCAAAUUAGGAUUUUGAAAGAGUCAUCAAACAGCAUACAUAAGACAGUGUUUCAUUUAUUAAUGAAUAGGAUUCAUACAAACAUAUUAGUCUGAGAUUAAGAGAUAAAGUUUGUUAGAACCAUUCCUGUUAAUAUUAUAAAAACAUCAUUGUCAAUUGUCACAACAUUAAUUUCAAUUAUAGAGAGUAAUUAUAUUGUAUAAUCUUUAGAUUAAUAAUAAAGAUUCUUGGAAUCAAUAAUAAUUUUAAAAUUAUUAUCUUAAUAUAUCAUUCCAAUGGGGAAAUAGACACAUUAGGAACUUGUUUCAUGAUGCCAAUUCAUUUAGAUGUGUUACUGUAAUACUUAUAAAGUUGA